GCAGCCAAUUCGAAGCCGGUAAUGCCUUUUCAGGCGGCGGAUUCAUGCCAUCUCAGUUCUCUCAGCUUUUGGAUUCCACUCCUUCCCCGGCAAAGAAUCGUGAUUCACAGGGCCUGAUCCCGGUGACUGUGAAGCAGAUAAGUGAAGCUUCUCAUUCUGCUAGCGAGAAAUCAAGCUUUGUUAUCAACGGAGUCGAAGUUACCAACGUUACGCUGGUUGGGAUGGUAUUUGACAAGGAUGAUAAGAAGUUUACUGAAGUUAGUUUUACUUUGGAUGAUGGGACAGGAAGGAUUGAAUGUCGAAGAUGGGUGAAUGAAGCUUUUGAAACGAAUGAAAUGGAGAUUAUACAAGAUGGCAUGUAUGUUCGCCUUAACGGGCACUUGAAAAGUUUUCAGGGCAAAAAGCAACUAGUUGUAUUCUCUGUGAGGCCUUUAACAAACUUUGACGAGGUUACAUUCCACUAUAUUGAAUGUGUUCACUUUUAUUUGCGAAAUUCUAAAUCACAGCAAGCUGGUUCCCUAACUCAAUCUCAAAUGAAAGAUUCAGCAAUGGAUACUCCCACACGGAACCAGACAAACCCAUCAAACCAUGUCUCUGCACAAUUUAGUAUUGAUGGGCGCAAGAGCUUGGAUGAAUUGGUACUUGACUAUUUGAAGCAGCCUUCGAGCAUGGAGCGGCAACAGGGAAUACACUUUGAUGAAAUUUCUAAACAGUUGAAAAUUCCAACGCAGAAACUAGAAGAUUGUAUCCAUUCUCUUGAAACUGAUGGAAUGAUUUACUCAACAAUCGAUCAAUUUCACUACAAGCAUGUUGAAGCUUGAUAAUCACAGUGGAUAUAUGGGCUCCUGGGUGUUGUGAAAUACUCCAGUCAGAACUGGCGUCACUUCUUUUUCUUUCUCUUGAGACAGGAUAAAGUGUGUAUAUAUUUUUGCUUGCUUAAUUUUGGUAUUUUAAUCUAAAUGCUGUCUGGUUGAAUUAGAAAGGAAUGACUUUUGAGAGUGAGUGAUUCAGUCAGUGUUCAGAAAUACGAGCCUCAAGUAUUUAGUUUGCCUC